AUGCCUGACUACAUUCAGUGGGACGCUCCUGGUGUGGAGGUUGAGCAGCCUGGCGAACAGGAAAGGAUCAAACAGGUGGCAGAGCAGUUCUGCAGAUUCCAGAUGAUGAAUUUCGAAGAACAUCACCACGCCCUGCGAGGCACUCACCUGAAGACUCAGGGGUGCGUCGCUGGUAAAUUCAUCGUGCACAACAACCUCCCUCCGCAUCUCGCUCAGGGAAUGUUUGCAAAACCUGGCACAUACGAUGUCAUCAUGCGGUACUCUUCCCUGACGCCCAAACUUGUCCCCGACAACGUGCCUGCACCACGUGGCACUGGCAUGAAGAUCUUUGGCGUCGAAGGCGAGAAGAUCUGGGGAGAAGACAAGAAAACCCAGGACUGGACCUUCAACAACUACCCCGUUCUCGAACUUCGCGAUGCUCAAACCACGUACGAAAUUGCGGACUCACUUGCGAGAAACUGGGACAAUAUGCCGGAGUUUGAGAAUGAGCUGAAGAAGCGUCCGGACGCGGACGUGGCAUGUCGGCCAGCGACAAUUCCCCCGCAGCACAUGGUGGCGAUGCCAGAAUAUUCGCAAUCAGCAUAUCGAUUUGGCGACUAUGUGGCCAAAUUCGGUCUGUUCCCACUGGGCGAAGAGCAAAAGAAGCUCGAAAACACCUACAUCAAGGACACCGACCCCAAGAACAUCAUUUCGUCAGAGCUUCGCAAGUUCCACCUCAAGAACAAGGUGACGUACUCGUUCUGCGCGCAGCUUCUGCAAAACCUCGAUGAGCAGCCGGUUGAGGACAUAGGCGUAGAGUGGGACGAGAAGAAGUACCCCUUCGAGCAGAUCGCCACCCUUGAGUUCGAGCCACAGGACAGUUGGCUGCCCGAGUUUCGCGUUUGGUGGGACGACAGGAUCACCGUCAACAGCUGGCAUGGUCUCAAGGCCCAUCAACCACUGGGCAGCACCAACCGUGUGAGAAGGGUCGUGUAUGCCGAGUCUCGCAAGUUGCGGUUGAAGGUCAACGGCCACAAGGACUAUAUUGAGCCUGCGAGUUUACAGGAAGUGCCAUAUCAGGUGGCCACGGAGGCGUAG